UAAUUUUUAUUGUAAAUGAAGAGAAAAACAUACAAAAGAGAAUAUGAAGUUGAAUCUAUUGUAGAUAGGAAACAAGAUGAAUAAACUAAAGCCUAUCUCUAUUAAAUCAAAUGGAAAGGUUAUCCUCAUUCAUAAAAUACUUGGGAACCCAUAGAACAUUUAUAAAAUCCACAUGUGAAGAAAAUGGUUAAAGAAUUUGAUAAAGCACAAGAGGCUACCUCCUUUAAAAAAAAAAAUAUUAAUUUAGAACUCCUUAAGCAAACUUUAUUAUAGAAACUCACAGAGUUUUUGAUUAAAAAUGUGCCUUAAGAAAAUGAUAUACAGGAAAUUAUUUUAAGUGAUUUCAGCAUAUCAUCAAAUUCAAACAAAUGUAACUUUAAAAUACCAAAUGUAAGAGAGGAUUCUAAAAAUUUUGAUAAGAAACAAAGCUAGUAGUUCUAAAAAACACUCAAUUCUUUAAAUUCCAACUCUUGA